CAGAUUUCUCCGACGAGGGGCCUGACGUGACGUGAGUGACGUGGAGUGGAGUGAAGUGAAGUGGAGUGAAGUGAAGUGAGAGUCACCGGGCAGUGAGUUCGCGAACCUGGGAGCGGAUUUCUCGGUGACUCGUUUUCCUUUGCCGGUGCGGGGUUACGGUCACAGACGAGCAUGGCGGAGGAAUCGAUUAUCCGCAUUGCCCCCUAUCACUACAUCCAUGUUUUGGACCAGAACAGCAACGUGGCUCGUGUGGAGAUCGGACCAAAAACAUAUAUCCGGCAGGACAACGAGAGGGUUCUGUUCGCCCCGGCUCGUAUGGUGACGGUCCCUCCGCGUCACUACUGUGUGGUGGUCAACCCGGUGGCCCGGGACGAUGCACAGAGGCCGCUGAUGGACAAAUUUGGGCAGGUCCGGCUGAGGCACGGUGACCAGGAGGUGCGGCUGGCUCAGGACCCCUUCCCGCUGUAUCCGGGAGAGGAACUGGGCCAGGGAGCCACCCCGCUGCAGGUUGUGCGGACCAACUCGGCCCUUCACCUCCUGGCCCUGCUGGACUUCGAGGAUGAAUCGGGAGAGAAGCACGUGGCUGGUGACGAAUGGCUCUUCGAGGGGCCAGGAACCUACAUCCCGCGGAAGGAGGUGGAAAUUGUACAGACCAUCGAGGCGACAGUGAUUCAUCAUAACCAAGCCAUUCGUCUGAGAGCACGGAAGGAGACUAAAGAUAGGGAGGGUCACAAUCGGGUGACAGGGGAGGAAUGGCUUGUUCAGAAGGUGGGGGCAUAUCUCCCAGGCGUGUACGAGGAGGUACUGACUGUUGUGAAUGCCUACAUCCUGACUGAGAAGAGAGCUCUCCACCUGCGGGCACUGCAGACUUUCAAGGAUUUCCGAGAUCGGACCAGGCGGACAGGCGAGGAGUGGCUGGUGACACUGGACGAUGCGGAGGCCCACAUCCCGGGAGUGCACGAGGAGGUGGUGAGGGUGGUGGACGUCACCACACUAGGCAGCCGCCAGUACUGUGUGGUCCUCGACCCCGUGGGCAUAGACGGCAAACCGCAGCUGGGGCAGAAACUGGUAGUCAAGGGAGAGAAGUCGUUUUUCCUUCGCCCUGGCGAGCAGCUGGAGGAUGGAAUCCGGGACACCUACAUCCUGUCCGAGGAGCAGGGUCUGGUGCUACGGACGGUUGAGGGCUUUGACGAUGAGGAUGCUGAGGGCAAGGUGAUCGCUCGAAAGCCUGGGGACCGCUGGAUGAUCCGGGGUCCUGUGGACUACGUCCCACCGGUGAUGGUGGAGGUGGUGUCACUGCGUCAGGCUAUUCCUCUUGACCAGAACGAGGGUAUUUACGUCCGAGACAACAAGACUGGCAAGGUACGUGCGGUGAUUGGGCAGACCUAUAUGCUGACCCAGGAUGAGGAGCUCUGGGCCAAAGUGCUGCCCCCAACUGUGGAGGAGCUACUGUGCCUGGACAAGAACCCAGUACUGGACCGCAGUGGCCCGUCCCGCGAUGUGGGAGUGGGCAAUAGUGGAGAGGGGGCCACGAGGAGGGACCCCACUCGUGUGGUCACCUUCCGCGUCCCCCACAACGCCGCCGUCCAGAUCUAUGACUUCAGCAGCAAGGCAGCCAGGGUGGUGUUUGGGCCGGACCUGGUGAUCCUGGGACCCGACGAGCAGUUCACAGUGCUGAGUCUGUCCGGAGGACGUCCCAAACGGCCAGGGGUGGUGCGUUCUAUCUGCCUGCUGCUGGGUCCCGAUUUCUGCACCGACAUCGUCGUGGUCGAGACGGCUGAUCAUGCUCGCCUCCAGCUCCAGCUCGCCUACAACUGGCACUUUGAGGUGUCAGAUCGCAGCGAUCCUAAGGAGGCAGCCAAGGUCUUCAGCGUGCUGGAUUUCGUGGGGGAUGCCUGCAAGGCCAUUGCCUCUCGAAUCCGGGGGGCUGUGGCUGCUGUGCAGUUUGACGACUUUCACAAGAACUCGGCCCGGAUAAUCCGUUCGGCAGUGUUUGGCUUUGACGGCGAGCUGAAGGUGAGGGACCGGCUGGUGUUCUCGCAGAAUAAUCUGUGUGUCACCAGCGUGGACAUACAGGCGGUGGAGCCUGUUGACCAGAGGACCCGCGACUCACUGCAGAAGAGUGUUCAGUUGGCCAUCGAGAUCACAACUAACGCACAGGAGGCGGCGGCCAGACAUGAGGCGGAGCGUCUGGAACAAGAGGCCAAGGGCCGUCUGGAGCGCCAACGCAUCCUCGACCAGGUAGAGGCAGAGAGAGCCCGCAAGGAGCUGCUUGAACUGGAGGCCAACAGCAUGGCAGUGGAGAGCACAGGGGCCGCGAAGGCGGAGGCACAAUCGAAGGCGGAGGCGGCGAGGAUCGAGGGUGAGGGAGCUGUCUUACAGGCUAGGCUGAAGGCCCAGGCACUGGACAUCGAAACCGACGCUGAGCUCCUGCGACUUACCAAGGCUCGGGAGCAGGAACUGAAGUACAUGGAGGCGCAGAACCGCCUGGAAGUGGAAAAAAACCAACAGUUGGCCCAGGUGGAAUCUAAGCGCUUUCAGGAGAUGGUACAGGCCAUUGGCCCCGAGACCAUUCGGGACAUUGCUGUGUCCGGGCCUGAACUCCAGGUUAAGCUGCUGCAGGGACUGGGACUGAACUCGACCCUGAUCACUGAUGGCUCCACACCAGUCAACCUCUUCGCCACUGCCAAGGGCAUGUUGGGACUGCCGCUGACCAGCGCAGGCAAGGCAGGAGCAGAGUGACCAUGGAGAAGUGGAGGAAAUGGGAUUGUCUCUGUAUAAAUAAAUGCCAGUUACAAAUGAGAGAUGAG